AUGCUCUCCAAGAUCAUCGAAGUCGACGACACGGCUACGACUCCGUUAGAGGAAGAGAAGAGCGCGACAGUGGAUGGGGAGAAGAUGGGCGUAACUGAUUCGAACGUUGCGUCGGACGAGGGGGUGGGCAGUACACCGCUCUUCAUGGGCUCGAUAAGCAAGGACGAACCUAUCGUCACUCGACGCGAGCUCUGGAGUUACUAUCUAUACUACAAUGGCGAUAACGGAGUCGGUCCCUUCGGGUUCUCCAUGACCCUCUUCCAAUCCCUCGCCUUCGCUGCGGGGCACGACCCGACCCAAGGCCCCGGCUCGUCGUGCAACACGGCUGACUCUUCGGGCCAAUGCGUCCUCCCCUGGGCAGGCGGCACGAAAUCGGUCUCGAGCGUGGUGUUAAUCGCGAAUGGGGUCAGCUUUGCUAUCAUGACCCUGAUAUUCACCACCAUCGGCUCAGCAGCGGACUACGGGACGUUCGGGCGCUGGCUCCUGCUCGCCAUAACCUGCAUCUGCUGGGCGUCCCAGUUCGCCGAGAUGAGUCUAACCACACCCUCCCGCUGGCCCCUCGCCAUGGCCCUCUUCAUGAUAGGCUUCAUCACCUACGGCGCCACCCUCGUCUUCUACGCCGCCCUCUUCCCGCGUCUCGCGCGGAACACCGCCCACGCACGCGCGCUCCGCGAGCGGUACGAAAACGGCGAGGUCGCCCCGGAGAUAUACGAACGCGAGGAGAGCCUGGAGAAGAACCGGAUCAGUAAUAUAAGCACGGCACAUAGCAAUAUCGGGUACAUCGCGACGCUGUGCUUGAAUUUGAGCAUUCUGCUACCGUUAAAGGAUCAUCCGAUGGUUAAUAAUUACGUGCUGGUUCUGACGAAUGGAUAUUGGGUCAUCAUGGGGAUUUGGUGGUUUAUCUUCCAACAACCGCGCCCUGGCCCUCCGUUGCCGAAAGGCGAAUCUUAUUUAACAAUCGGGUGGAAACAAAUCUGGCUGGCAUGCAAGCAAUACAAACAGCUCCCAUACACCUUCAUCUACCUAUUCGCUUUCUUCCUCCUCGCCGAUGGCCUCAACACAACUGGCACCCUUGUCUCGAUAUGCCAGAACGACAAAUUCUCCUUCAGCUUCCUCCAGAACACCUACCUCGGUCUCUCGCAGGCUAUCACAUCAACUCUGAGCACGUUUGGGUUUUGGUAUGUACAGAAGUACUUCAAGAUCCCGACGAAGAAGAUGUUUGUAGUGACGAACGUCGUCACGAUAUUGAUACCCUUCUGGGGGAUGCUAGGUAUCUGGACGGACAAAAUUGGGUUCCACAACGUCUGGGAGUUCUGGAUGUACAACAUCGUCUUCGGCCUCUUCCAAGCGCCGUACUACGCUUUUUCGCAAACGAUGAUGGCAGAGCUUACCCCGCCGGGGUUCGAUAACAUGUUCUUCGGCCUCUUCGGCCUCUCGAACCGCGCCUCCUCCAUGAUCGGCCCGAACGUCAUCCAAGCCAUCAUCGACAGCUCAGGCAGCAACUGGAUGGGCUUCCCCUUCCUCUUCGCGCUCUGCGUCUACCUCCUCUACCUCUUAUUCUCCCUCAACGUCGAGAUCCCAGACGUAUACAGAUCCUAUGGCAUAGAACCAGCGAUCUCUCUGAAUGGACAUUCAAGGAGACCACUUGCCCCACGAGAAGAACACCCAUUGAACGAACUCAGGCGAUACUCCCAAGUGUGUCGCCGAUGGCGCCACCUUGCACUCGACUCUCCCACGCUGUGGGCGGGCCUCAUCGACCUCGACCAUAUGGAAUACGGCAAGGAGGAGUGGAGAGCAGAAGUGCUUCGGCGGACCAAGCAGGCACCGCUCUCUGUUAUCGGGCGCGUCCAUGCACGCACUUUCCUCGACUUGGUGAAGAAGGAAUGGACGCGCGUGCGGCACGUCGACGUCGCGCUGCUGAAUGGCCUGCCCCUCUCCUACCAGUGGGAGGUGUUCGGCACACCUGCACCUACACUCAGGACCCUGCGGCUUUCCGGCGCCCUCCUACGCGUGCUGAGCAUCCCUGCAUAUCCCUCAUUCGACCCUCGUGCGACAUGGGUCAUCCAGCUACGGCGGCUGGACCUGCAGGACUCUACGUUCACACUUGAGCCGCUACUUGAGGUGCUCCCGCAAAUGACCCAGCUCGAGCACUUGUACAUUGAACGCAAGUACCAGAGAACAAGCAUGGACCUCCUCCGUGGUGAGAUCGCGCCGAUCAUUCUUCCUCGCCUAGUGACCUUUGUCCUCUCCGACGGCCUUCUAUCCGUCUUCGCCAUCCUCGCGCACAUUCUACCAAACCCCACCGCCCUCGUCAACAUUGACGCCUACACCAGGCACGCAAUCCAGCUAUCACCUGCUGACCUACACGCCCUAUCUCGUAUAUUCGGACUCCAUCUCCAAACCCACACAUUUGCAGAAUCGUCGUUCACCAUCGAGCCAUGCAACGAUGGUCUCUCCGUCACCAGCGUUUCCCCAUCUUUGCCCUCUAUCCCGCACUUCCGGUUCCGCCUUCUCUGUACGGACAUGGAAAUGGAGGCAGAUACGCUCAUGCCUCUGUUCCUUGAUUCGGCUUUCCGGACAAACUUGUCAGGUGUGAGAGAGGUGGAGUUCGUGUGUUACCAGAAUGACGAAGCCCGGAGGCGGGCAGUGGUCCACUGCGACAACGCGCUAAUCCUUAGCCUGCUUCCUCAAGUAUCGGUGUUGCGCCUCUCAAUGGCCUCGUUAGUUAUGCUCCAUUCUCACUCUCCUAUCCCUCUCCCUAUACAAAGUGUCGAGAAACUUGCAGUGCAUAGCACAGGCUACCUAAACCAGGCUCUGGCGCUCGCGACGGCGCUCAGAGCUUUUCUCCGGCCGAGCACACGAGGAAAACAGGUGCUGGGAUCGUUGAAACAGAUAGAGUUCGACGGCGAUCUCUAUCGUUGGUUUAGAGAUCACGAGGGGUAUGGCGAGCUAGAGGACGCGUUGGCUCUUGUGGAGGAGGAGGGGGUGGAGGUGCUGUGGAAAGGAAUAUCGGAAAGAGUUCCAGCUUCAAUUCGACCAGUUUGA